CAAGGAGACCUGGUGGCAGGGUUGAUGUCCUGUUUCUGGUGCCUCAAAAUCCCUUCUCUCUGAAGUUUGCCUUCCCUGGAGAAGCAAGAUGGCAGAAUCGAAUUCUGACUUUGACCUGCUGUGGUAUCUGGAGAAUCUCAGUGACAAGGAAUUUCAGAGUUUUAAGAAGUAUCUGGCACGCAAGAUUCUGGAUUUCAAACUGCCACAGGUUCCACUGAUUAAUUUAAGGGCGACAAAAGAAGAACUGGCUAACUUGUUGCCGAUCUCUUAUGAGGGACAGCAUAUAUGGAAUAUGCUAUACAGCAUAUUUCUAAUGAUGCGUAAGGAAGAUCAUUGUAUGAAGAUCAUUGGCAGACGAAACCGCAAUCAGGAGGCAUGCAAGGCUCUCAUGAGGAGAAAACUCACGCCGCGAUGGGAAAAUCACACUUUUGGAGAAUUUCAUUAUAAAUUUUUUUGUAACGUUGCAUCAGAUGUGUUCUACGUACUUCAAUUAGCCUAUGAUUCUACCAGCUGUUAUUCAACCAACGAUCUCAAUGUGUUCCUGAUGGGAGAUAGAGCAUCUGGAAAAACCAUGACUAUAAACCUGGCUGUGAUGAAGUGGAUCAACGGCGAGAUGUGGCAGAACAUGAUCUCGUACGUCGUUCACCUCACUUCUCACGAAAUAAACCAGAUGACCGACAGCAGCUUGGCUGAGCUGAUCGCCAAGGACUGGCCUGACGGCCAGGCUCCCAUUGCAGACAUCCUGUCUGAUCCCAAGAAACUCCUUUUCAUCCUGGAGGACGUGGACAACCUAAGGUUCGAGUUAAAUGUCAAUGAACAGGCUUUGUGUAGUAACAGCACCCAGAAAGUUCCAAUUCCAAUUCUCCUGGUCAGUUUGCUGAAGAGACAAAUGGCCCCAGGUUGCUGGUUCCUCAUCUCCUCAAGGCCCACGAGGGAGGAAAACAUCAAAAUGUUCUUGAAAACCACAGACUGCUACGUGACCUUGCAGUUCUCGAAUGAGAAGAGGGAGCUAUAUUUUCACUCUUUCUUUAACGACCGUCAGAGGGCGUCGACAGCCCUCAUGCUUGUACAUGACGAUGAAAUACUCACAGGUCUGUGCCGGGUCGCCAUCCUAUGCUGGAUCACAUGUACUGUCCUGAAUCGGCAGAUGGACAAGGGGCACGACCCCCAACACUGCUGCGAAACACCCACGGAUCUACAUGCCCACUUUCUUGCUGAUGCGUUGACAUCAAAGGCUGGACUCACUGCCAAUCAGUAUCACCUAGGUCUCCUAAGACGGCUAUGUUUGCUGGCUGCAGGAGGACUGUUUCUGAGCACCCUCAAUUUCAGUGGUGAAGACCUCAGAUGUGUUGGGUUUACCGAGGUUGAUGUCUCUGUGUUGCAGGCCGUGAAUAUUCUUUUGCCGAGCAGCACUCAUAAAGACCGUUACAAGUUCAUACACUUGAACGUCCAGGAGUUUUGUGCAGCCAUUGCAUUUCUGAUGGCAGUACCCAACUGUCUGAUCCCCUCAGGCAGCAGAGGGUAUAAAGAGAAGAGAGAACAAUACUGUAACUUCAAUCAAGUGUUUACUUUCAUUUUUGGUCUUCUAAAUGAAAACAGGAGAAAGAUUCUUGAGACAACCUUUGGCUACCAGCUACCCAUGGUAGACAGCUUCAGGAGGUACUCGGUGGAAUACAUGAAACAUUUGGGCCGAGACCAGGAAAAGUUGACGCACCAUGGGUCUUUGUUCUACUGUCUCUUUGAGAAUCAGGAAGAAGAAUUUGUGAAGAAGGUUGUGAACACUCUCAAGGAGGUUACCGUUUACCUUCAAUCAAACAAGGAUAUGAUGGUCUCAUUAUACUGUCUUGAGUACUGCUGUCACCUGAGGACUUUUAAGUUGAGUGUUCAGCGCAUCUUUGAAUACAAAGAGCCACUUGUAAGGCCAACUGCUAGUCAAAUGAAGAGCCUUGUCUACUGGAGAGAGAUCUGCUCUCUUUUUUGUACAAUGGACACCCUCUGGGAGCUGCAUCUUUUUGACAGUGACCUUAAUGAUAUUUCGGAAAGGAUUCUGUCUAAAGCCCUGGAGCAUUCUAGCUGUAAACUUCGUACACUCAAGUUGUCCUAUAUCUCGACCGCUUCUGGUUUUGAAGACUUACUCAAGGCUUUGGCUCGUAACCGGAGCCUGAUACACCUGAGCCUCAACUGUACGUCCAUUUCCUUAAAUAUGUUUUCACUUCUGCGUGAGAUCCUGGACAAGUCCACAUGCCAAAUACGUCAUCUGAGCUUGAUGAAAUGUGACUUGCGAGCCAGCGAAUGCGGAGAAAUCGCCUCGCUCCUUGUCAACGGCGGGAGUCUGAGAAAACUGACUUUAACCAACAAUCCGCUGAGGAACGACGGGGUGAACAUACUGUGCAAUGCCUUGCUUCAUCCCAACUGCACUCUUACAUCACUGGCGUUGGUCUUCUGCUGUCUCACUGAAAAAUGCUGCAGCUCCCUGGGAAGGGUGCUUCUGCUCGGCCGAACUCUGAAACAACUGGACCUGUGUGUGAAUCACUUACAAAACUACGGAGUGUUGCAUGUGACGUUUCCCUUGAUAUUUCCAACCUGUCAGUUAGAGGAGCUGUAUCUGUCUGGCUGUUUCUUUACCAACGAUAUCUGUCAAUAUAUUGCCAUAGUUAUUGCUACUAAUGAAACACUAAGGAGCCUGGAGAUUGGGAGCAACAGCAUAGAAGAUGCAGGAAUGCAGCUGCUAUGUGGUGGUUUGAGACAUCCCGACUGUAUGUUGGUGAAUAUUGGGCUAGAAGAGUGCAUGUUAACCGGUGCCUGCUGUGAGUCUCUUGCCUCUGUUCUUACCACCAACAAAACACUAGAAAGACUCAACAUACUUCAAAAUCAACUGGGUGAUGAAGGAGUUGUAAAACUUCUUGAGAGCUUGAUCCUCCCAGAAUGUGUACUUCAGAUAAUUGGGCUUCCAUUAAAUGACGUGAGCGCAGAAACCCGGCGGAUGGUGAUGACUGUAAAGGAAAGAAAACCCAAUUUGAUCUUUCUGUCUGAAACUUGGUCUGUAAAGGAAGGCAGAGAAAUUGGUGUGAUACCUGCUUCUCAGCCAGGUUCAGUAAUACCUAAUUCUAAUUUGGAUUACAUGUUUUUUAAAUUUCCCAGAAUGUCUACAGCCAUGAGAAUGUCAAGUACAGCAUCUAGGCAACCCCUUUGAUCAUGUUCUACAUAAACCAUAUUUGUUAUAAAUUAUUACCAUGACUGGAAUGAAAGAGAAUUAAGGCUAUAAUUUUCCUAUUUGGGGUGUGUGUGUGUGUGUGUGACCUUGAUCCAGUCAACCAUUUCUUAAAAUUCCUACACUCUCUCAAGAGUAUUUAAAGGAUUAUAUAAAGUAAUAAACGCUAAAAUGCAUUGGAAAAA